AUGGGAAAAUGUGCCUUUGUUACUGUAGGUUCAACUCAAUUUGAUCUAUUAAUUGAGACAAUUGUUCAUGAUCCUAAUGUGCUUCAAACGCUUGUUGAUUGUUUACAGAUUAACAAACUAAUUUUACAAAUAGGUAAUAGCCAGAUGCCAUUGAUUGAUAACAUUUCAAUCCCUAUUGAAUGUUAUCCAUAUAAAGAUUCAAUUGAAAAUGAUAUACAACAAGCUGAUAUUGUUAUUAGUCAUGCUGGUGCAGGUACAAUUUUACAAGCAUUAGAAGCUCAUAAACCAUUGUUGGUUGUUGUGAAUGAAAAACUUAUGAAUAAUCAUCAGUUAGAAAUAGCUAAUGAAAUGGAACAACAUGGCUAUUUAUUUCAUUGUACUUGUUCGAAAUUAGCAACAACAUUAAAACAAUUUGUUAACCAUACAUUUAAACAAUAUGAAAAAGGCGAUCCAUUAUUAUUCGGACAAUAUUUAAAUAAAAUUAUGUCGUAA